AAAAGAAAGGAAAGGAAAAGGGGAGGAAGGAAAAGAAAGGGAGGUGAUCAGAGAAAACGAGUGGAUUGAUAAUUGAUUCGUCACCUCCAUCCACAGACGACAAUUAUAAAAACUCCUUUCCUUCUCUCUCAUUUCUCUCUUAUUUCUUCAUUCCAUUUGAUUUGUUUUACCCUCUUCUACAAAUACAACAACAAAUCCAAUAACCCAAACAAGGAUCUCUCUCUCUCUCUCUCUCUCUCUUUCUCUGUUGCUUCUUUUUCUUCUUACCUUAGGAAGAAAGGUUUUUGGCGAUGGCGUCCAAGCGGAUCUUGAAGGAACUCAAGGAUCUCCAGAAGGAUCCUCCUACCUCAUGCAGCGCCGGUCCUGUUGCUGAAGACAUGUUUCAUUGGCAAGCAACAAUUAUGGGUCCUCCAGACAGUCCUUAUGCUGGAGGUGUUUUCCUAGUAACUAUCCAUUUCCCUCCGGAUUACCCCUUCAAGCCACCCAAGGUUGCAUUCCGGACCAAGGUAUUUCACCCAAAUAUCAAUAGCAACGGAAGCAUUUGCCUUGACAUAUUGAAGGAGCAGUGGAGCCCUGCACUAACCAUUUCCAAGGUGUUGCUCUCAAUUUGUUCCUUGCUAACGGACCCAAACCCUGAUGAUCCCUUGGUCCCUGAAAUCGCCCACAUGUACAAGACAGACAGGAACAAGUAUGAGUCAACUGCCAGGAGCUGGACCCAGAAAUAUGCCAUGGGCUAAGUGACCUGUGAUAUAUGUGAGGGAGAGCCUUUUUACUUCACAGUAUUUAGGCCAAACAGCCUUGUAUGAAUAUUUUUCGUCUUCAAUCAUGAACAGAUUAAUGAAGGCCCAUCCAAUUAAAGAUGAUUGGGGGAAAAACGUUUCUCCUGCUGUUUGUAUUGCAAAUGUUAAUUUUGGAACAGUGAAAUGUGGCCAAAUUGAAUGUUCGCUCUA